AACAAAAGAUGCCGGUUUGGGUCUUUGGACAUGUUAUUUGAAGUUCUCUGUUCCGGAUUGUGAAACAGACUCGCCAGACGGCUCUGUGCCAGUGGAAGUUAUAGAAGACCCGGGGCUGGUAUACCUCUGUGGCAUCUCCUGGAAGUAAGUAGCAGCUCACUAAAAUGUUUUUAAUCUCUGAUGUUGUUAGCCUUCAUGAGUGUGUUUUAUUUUUUUAUAGAAAGAGGAAGAGGAAAUGCUAUGCAGCAGCAGGUGUGGUGAAUUGAAUUUUAAAGGAGUCUGGAGUUUCCUGAUCAGUGUAAAACUCAUAGCAGCAGAUGAUUUCACUCAUGGCUGAUGAAAUCUCCCCCCCACAGAUGGCUGACAGGACAGUACUUGGAAAGAAAAGUAAUACAAAACAACAAGAAAGGCAUUGUGUCACUCCUCCGUCUCUCCCAGAUGGACAGAUCUUGACUGACAAGGCUGACUCUUCAUUUGGUGUCUGUGUGGUGAACUCACUGUCAGACAGCAACGACACUGGAAUCCUUUAUCUGAACCCUCAGACACCAAACUGGUCUCUGGUGGAGAAGUUUGCUGAGCUUUCAUCAGCAGAAGAUGAAACAGGAUUUAAAGAAGACCACAGCAAUGGAGGAUUGUCACAUAUUGAACAUAUUGAAAACAAAAUAUAUGGAUCUAAUGAAGCGGCCGUGAAUGCUGCACAGAAGAAGGAAAGCUCUAAAUACCUCAAGAGCCGUAAGAUACAAAAUAAUACCUCAGCCAAACAGAGGGCAUCCAGGCUCAAAGAGCUAAACGUUGAGGAAUAUUCUCCAGGUGGAGGUGGGAAUAAAACCAAAAAGAAGAAUGCAAAUAGGCCUCAGGUGAAGAAAUUACUAAAAAAGUGUGCAGAUGACAAAAUCCCUCGACUUCUGGUGGCGAUGAAAAAGCGAAGCGGAGUGGACAAAGAGCACCGUCCCUUCAAGUGCACACACUGCAACUGGGCUUUUAAGAAGCUCUGCAACCUACAGAGUCACUUACAGACACACACUGGCCUCAAGCCACACGUGUGUGAUAUAUGUGGCAAGGCUUACUCCCAUCAGGGCACGCUGCAGCAGCACAAACGUCUGCACACAGGUGAAAGACCAUACCACUGCCCCUUCUGUGUCAAGACCUAUAUCUGGUCCUCAGAUUACCGCAAGCAUAUCCGCACCCACACCGGAGAGAAGCCUUACGUCUGUGACACUUGUGGUAAGGAUUUCAUUCGCUCCUCUGACCUGCGAAAGCAUGAGCGGAACAUGCAUACCAACGACAAGCCCUUCCCGUGCACGCACUGUGGCAAGACCUUCAAUAAACCCCUCUCCCUGAAGCGUCACGAGCGUAAGCACCUGGGGGAAAGGCCCUUCUCCUGCCCCGACUGUGGGAAGACCUUUGCCCUGGCUAGCCGCAUGGCGGAGCACCAGAAGAUCCACAUGGGAGUGCGUCCGUACAUCUGCUCCGUGUGCUCCAAGUGUUUCACCAAGUCGUCCAACUUGACCGAGCACGAAGCCAUUCACAGCGGCGAGCGGCCACACAAGUGCAAAGAGUGCGGCGUGGCGUUCGCCAUGGCUUCUCGCCUCAUUCGUCACCAGUACGUCCACAAUAAAGAGAAACCCCACAGCUGCACCGGCUGCAGCAAGAACUUCAGCCACCUCGCCACGCUGAAGCUUCACCAGGAGCAAACGUGUGCUGGGAGGAUCUUUGUCUGUGUGGAAUGUGACAAAUCUUUCCAGUGUGCUGCAAAGCUUGCACAGCAUAUGCUGAACCACAGGGACAGAGUGUCUGAGUCAGUGUAAAGACAGGUACUGUACACAGCCAUCACUGUGCUAGUACUGUUGACUCCAUUUGGAGAUGUAGCUAAAUGCAAUGGUUUCAUUUGUUCGUAUAAUAAGACUCGGGUUGCAAUGGUAUGAGAUUGUCGCAGCACAAUAAGCGUCUCAGAAAGAAAAAAAAACAGCAUAGGGUAUUACACAAAUAUGCUUCUUCUUGCCAGUUCUGUAGGGCCAAGUGAAAAUUUACUUUGGGCAAAUAAAUGUCCCACUACGGAAGGGGAUUGGGGCCAGGUAGGAGAAAAAAUAAUGAGUGGAGGAUUAAAAAAAUAUAUAUUAUGCAGUUUGAGAAAAAAGCCGAAAUAACUAGAAUGAUGUAAAAAUGACGAGAAUAAAGUUGAGAUGUCGAGAAUAAAGUUGAGAUGUUGAGAAUAAAGUUGAGAUGCGAUUUUCGUGAAAAAAGUUGAAAUGAAGAGAAUAAAGUUGAGAUGUCGAGAAUAAAGUUGAAAUGCAAUUUUCGUGAAAAAAGUUGAGAUGUCGAGAAUAAAGUUGAGAUGUCGAGAAUAAAGUU